CUGACUUCUAAUCAAUCUUUCUUGCAGAUGCUGUGUCUGAUAGAAAUUGGAAACCUAAAACAUCACAGAAGGUCGCUUUGUAGCUCCCUAGUGCCAUCUGAUGAAGUCUCUGUUAAUUAUAAACACGGGUUGCCAGUGAUAACCCUUACAUUACCCUCCAGAAAGGAACGCUGUCAGUUUACUGUGAAGCCAAUGCUAAUGACUGUUGGAGACUUCAUACAGGACAUACAGCAGGAGGAUAAAGCAAUUGGAGACAUAAAAACCCUUACAACAGAGGGCAGUGUGGUCUCUGCUUCAACACUGAUGGAAGUUCUGUUGAUGAAUGACUUUAAACUUGUCAUCAAUGGUACAGAAUACAGAGUACACCCUCCACUGAAAGAUAAAGUGAGCACUGAACAUGCUACAGAUGUGGAUGAUGUAAAGUCUUUGGUCCAUAGGUUAUUCACAGCCCUUAAUUUAGAAGACCAUCAGACAAGAAAAGAGAGGGAAUUGUUGCAGAAAAUGGAACUUCUAAAAGAGGAACUGCUGCCUUUAGAGCAGAUGAAAGCCAGACUCACUGCAGAGGCUGCUGCUAAGAGUUCUCGUCUUCUAUGGAUUGGCUUAGCCUUAAUGUCUACUCAGGGCGGAGCUCUAGCCUGGCUCACUUGGUGGGUCUAUUCAUGGGAUAUAAUGGAGCCGGUCACUUACUUUAUCACCUAUGGAAGUGCCAUGGCAUUCUAUGCUUACUUUGUACUUACUAAGCAGGAUUAUAUUUACCCAGAUGCUCAAGACAGGCAGUUCCUCCACUACUUCCACAGGAAAUCCAAAAGCCAGAAUUUCAAUGUGGAUCAGUACAACAAGUUAAAAGAUGAUCUUGCAGAGGUAGAAGAAUCCUUGAAACGGCUGAAGAACCCUUUACAACUACGUCUUCCAAUACAAGAAAUACAUGACAAGUUUUAAUCUUUUAUAUAACUUGGAAGUGUUUCAGAGCUGGUGAAUUGCCUCAAAUGUUUACGAACUGAACAUUUUGGACCAAUAUGGGAAGGGGAAUCUAUGAUGCCUGGUUAAAAGUAUUUCUGACAACUGGUAUUUCUUUUUCACAUUGCAAAGAAAUUCUUUCAGAUUCUCCAUGUAUAUA